CACUUGACUCUUGAUUAUGACUGACAUUCAAAUCGCUGCCACUGAUAGCAAACGUUAUUAAUUUAAAAAACCUAUUUCACUGCCGAUAGAUAUUUUACAUUGUUUUAAACUCGUUUCUCAAAAAUCCCACAAAAUAAUAUUUUCUCUAUAAUUAUAAUAAUUAUUUACGGUUACAUAUUGUGUAAACUUAUGAAAUCUCUUCUCACUUUGAAAUGGAGAACAAGAAACCCGCUCGUGAUAAUUUGAAAGUUAAAGAUGUGCCAACGUUGCCCGUACGCCGUCUACUGCAGUCGAGGACUAAAGAAAAUAUCCCAGACACGAAUGAAUUAAAAGCUUCUAACACGAAAGAUUUCAAAGUGCCAGCGUUGCCCGUACGCCGUCCACUGCAGUCGAGCACUAAAGAAAACAUCCCAGACACGAAUAAAUUGAAAGUGUCUAACUGUGAGAACAAGAAACCCGCUGAUGAUUGUUUCAAAGUGCCAACGUUGCCCGUACCCCGUCCCCUGCAGUCGAGCAGUAAAGGUAAGAGCCUCAAGAGUGCACCCGUGAAGAAGAUAUGCUGGACACCGACAGACUUCGACUUCGGACCGGCACUGGGCAAAGGUAAAUUUGGAGAAGUAUAUCAGGCGCGCGAGAAGAAGUCCAAGUACGUGGUGGCGCUGAAAGUGCUGUGCAAGCGCAUGAUCAAGGACUCGCAGAUCGAGCACCUGGUGCGGCGCGAGGUGGAGAUCCAGAAAGAGAUGCGGCACCCCAACAUCCUGCGCUUGUACGGCUUCUUCGACGACAAGGAUCACAUCUACCUCAUCCUUGAGUACGCCAAGCAAGGCUCGCUCUUCGGCCUGCUCCAGCAGCGCGGCCGCUUCGACGAGAACACUGCCUCCAUCUACAUCCGCGACCUCACCAAGGCUCUCAUCUACUGCCAUGGCAAGAAAGUCAUACACCGCGACCUCAAACCUGAGAAUAUACUUAUAGGACCCAAUGGGGAGCCGAAAAUAGCUGACUUUGGCUGGUCCGUGCGGUCAACAUCCUCUAAAAGAAUGACAAUCUGUGGAACCUUGGACUACUUAACACCGGAGAUGCUUACCAGGAAGCCCCACAACUACGGAGUUGACAUUUGGGGUCUCGGUGUAUUAUGCUAUGAGUUACUUGUAGGAUUACCUCCGUUUGCCCGCAAGGAACCAAAGCAGAGGUAUUUGAAAAUUAUGCAAGUAAUAAUUGAAUAUCCGGAGUAUGUGUCUGAAAAGGCAAAGGAUCUGAUGGGCAAGCUGCUGGUGGUGAACCCAGAGAACCGCCUGCCCCUUGCCGGUGUACUGGAGCACCCCUGGAUUGUAGAGAAUGCCCCGCCGGGGGCGCAGCCACCAGCCUCCAACCCUGACCCUAAUGUGAAUAAACAAUAAUUAUGCUACAGGUUAACGUUAAUUGAUUAUAUAAUUGUAGUAGUUAGUAGCCUGAUUUGAAUUUUAAUUUUAUGAAAUGUUGUUGUUGUUAUAUAGUAUCUAUUUUGUAAGGGGGUUGAGGAAUAGAUUAGAUUUAGAUUUAUUUAUUACAUAAUAUUAAAUUACAUUAUAAAUUAUUUUAACUUAAUCUAUACGAAUUUAUAUUAUGAUCGUCACUUAUUAUAUACAAAUGUCAAUACAGAUAAAAAUUCAUAACAAAGUCAAAUAAAUGUUAAAAAAAAAAAUGUUAAAUAAAUGUU